AUGGCACAAGAGCGGGAUAGUCGCACUUCCGUUGUUGCUCCAAUAACCAAACACACUGAUACCGCUAAGCCUUUGUUUAGCGUCCGGUUCCCCAUCACCGAUUUCAUGGAGAAUGAAUACACAGACUCGAAUUUUCUUAUAGAACUCGACGGUCCAAUAAUAUUUCACGACUGCACACCGACAUGGAAAUCAUAUCCCGUUCCAUGUGAUGAAUAUCCAUAUAUAUGCCAAGAUGUGCAAGCUACUUACUCAUCCAAGAAUCCGUCAUGUCGUCCCUUACCAGAAAAACCAAUUCAAACCAAUUGGGGAUAUUGCGGAUGCCCAGUCAAUGUGAUCAAUCCCAUUACAGGAUCUUGUAAACUUGGGCAGCUUAAUUACGACUACUUCAAAUUCGUCCUUGGCACAGGUCGGAAUCCUAGUAGUUAUGAAUCAUUUGAUGCUACCCCUAUCGCAGUGUGUGCUCCUUCUUCGUCAUUUGAAUCCUUCCCGAAAGAUGUUACUGGUGUCAUGCCUCUUUCAUCUUCUCCUUACGCGUUACCUGCUAAUUUAUCUUCAUUCGGUGCGCUUAAAGAAAUAACAGCUCUAUGUUUGCCUAGCACCUCAUCUACUCCAGGGGUUCUGUUUGCUGGACCCGGUCCUUAUUACUUUCUUCCGAAUUCCAGUGUCGAUAUACAAAGUUAUCUUGCUUAUACCCCGUUACUAAAGCGUCCAGGUUCGUAUGGAUACUUCAUCGGCGUCACUUCCAUUGUCAUUAAAAAGAGAUCUAUUGACAUUCUUGCGAAUGCUACUACCAAGCUUACUACAACUGAGGCUUACACCACUCUCAGAACCGACAUUUAUAAUCCUCUGGUUCGGCGUUUUUCAAUGGUCACAAAACGGCUCCUUCCCGCAAAGCCAAUCGCACCAUUCAGUCUUUGUUUCAACACGGCCUCCACCAAGAAUAGUACCAAAGCUAGUUUAAAAGUUCCCGAUAUUGAGUUGAAUCUUCAGGGUGGGAAGAAGUGGGCUAUAUCGACAGCUAACUCGAUGAAGCAAGUAACGAAAGACGUGGCGUGUCUAGCAUUUGUUGAUGGUGGUGCAACGAGUGAUCCGGCAAUCGUGAUUGGAACAUUUCAAUUUGAGGAUAACUUUGUGGUGUUUGAUUUAGAGAAUUCGACUUUUGGGUUUAGCUCUUCCUUGUUAAGUAAGAAGACUUCUUGUUCAAAUUUCAACUUUACGAACCUUGACUAUCCUUAUUGA